AUGAGCGAAUUCUUUGAGGUUGAGCUCAAGGUCCGGGAUUACGAGCUCGAUCAAUACGGCGUGGUCAACAAUGCCGUGUACGCGAGCUACUGCCAGCAUGGUAAACGCUUUAUCCAAUCAUCGCAGACCAAUGGAUUGAACUGAUGUUUAGCUCUGAAAUCAUUGCCUUUAUUUUUUAUAUUAUCAGCAAGUCAUUUUUCUUAUGGAAAAGUAUGCGCUGCUUUUUGGUGAUCUUGAGCUCCAGUGAUGAAUUUUUUGAGGCAAAAACAUUGCUCCUCCGUAACUUUCACCCGCAUUUUGGAUUCUUUCGAUUUCCUUUUGUGAGGAAGGAAGGAUCUCCACGAUUUAUAUCUGAUUUUGGAUUAAAAUGUUAUGUUUUCAAAUUUGUACUUUGGGGGAAUGCAAUCUAUUCUUCUAGUGAGGAGCACAGAAACUGAGAACUAGGACUGAAACAUUCCAAAACAUAGGUCUGGCGGUCACCACUCUUCAUACAUUCACAGCAAACAUGGCUUUUACCUCUAAAAAGUGGCACAGUUAGCUGAAAUCAAUGCUUAGGAUAGAACCAAUUCCUUGCUUGGAAUCCAAGCUCAUGGUUGGAGUGGAAAUUCAAGUUUCGAGGAGACCAUGUUGGAAUAGGGACUCAUCCUUGGAACGGAAUAGAGCAUGCUGUGAUGAAACCAUGAUUGCGGUCUCUUUCUUGUUCAUUGAACUUAUCUUAGAAGGAUCAAAAGACCAUGGGGUAGUAGAACUAAUAAGCUCAUUUGAAUUUCUUGUGUUUAUUAUAUCUGAACUUGUCCAAAAAAAUCUGCAUCCUAGAUAGUGAAUCAUAUAAAAAAUGUUCUAUAUUUUCCGUGGGAUGGUUGUAAAAAAAUCUACAACAUUCUGUUGUUUUGAUGGAGGCUAUGAGAGGAGCCGAGAAGGUGGGAGUGGGAUGCAUUAGUCUAUUUCUCUCCUCUUAAUUUUGGUUUCCUAACAAUAGAUGAAACCGAAAACUAUAGUGGUUCAACUAGCUCGGUCUACUUCACUCUCUCAGGGUCACAUCCUUCAGUUUCACUAACUUACAGUACAAAAAUUGAACAAAAAAGGCUUAAGCUAGCCUCACACUAGAAUUUAAGGUGCCAGCCACCCAAGUGUUUCCUCAAAACACUCCUAGAUUCACAGCUCUAGGGGACUAAUCAGUUUAGUACUCAGUUAUUCUGGUAAAGAUUCAUAGUUGUAGGUCAGCCCAUGUACCGGAAGUACUCAAAUACAAGACAAGAACAAGUAAAAGCUCUUGCAGAUUUAGCCAGUAGUUUCCUGUGGCCUGAAUUGUUUGGCCCAAAGGCUCAGAAGCAUUCUUUGGAGAGCAGUUAUUUGAAUGCUUGAAAAAGAAUGUGCAAUGAGGUUCUUGGAAUGAUUUUUCCUCAUUUGGGGUGUUCAGGAGACUCAUCUUUCAUAGGGUUGUUUUCCCCCGUGAUUUUCGUAUUUUUAAUGGUGAGAAAGCAAUUAGAAAUGGUUAUCUCAACAGCUACUCGCAUAUUCCUAUUUUGUCCCAUAGUACCGUGCCCCUUAACUGUGCUCUGUAUGAGUCGACUUUGAGUUGACUCACUUAUUGCUAUGAAUAAUAAAAGAGAAAAACUUGCAGGAAAAUCAGUUCUUAAAAUUUUAAUAAAAUUUCACAAGAUAGAUUAGAGCAUUUAUGGUGUAUUCAAGGAUUAUGAAGAGGUUCAAUUUUUUCCGUAACAUAAAACUACUGUUUUUACCCUUGUAAACGCUUUCUUUAAAUUUAAGACCAGUUCUUCCUAGAUAGUCAUUCCUCAUACCAAGUGAGUUGAACCACUUCGUAUAAAGAAAUGACUAAUAAAAACUUGCAAGCACAAAAAUGUAAGGGGUUUUAAUCUAUGUUUAGGAUGUGAUCUCAAAAAUACGAAAUUACUAGUUUCACUUUUACGUGGCAUCUUUCUCACUGAGCGUAAAACUCAUCUUGCUAACUGAGUUGUCUUCCUUCUUGAAAACCAGAAAGAUAGACUAUGUGUAACCCAAUCGGUCCUGAAAUCACAUGAGACUUCUCCUAAAGUUAUAAAAGUAUUAUGAAAAUAUUAAGAUAAAAUAUAAAUAUGAUUAUGGUAGUGUAAAAUCUCUAUUUUACCUUUUUAUCUAUUUUAUCAAUAUCAAAACUAUAUAGGCUUCAAAAUUCAGCACAGUCUUGGUUUAUAGAAACUUAUGGCAAUAAAGGCUGUGGACUUUAUGCUUGCUGGGCUUCUUCUUCUUCUUUUCCAUCUUGAUCUGAGUGACUAUUUCUGUCUAUUUUCAUCCUUCAGGUCGUCAUGAGUUUCUCGAAGACAUUGGCUUCAGUGCAGAUGGAGUUGCUCGUGGUGGGGAAUCGCUGGCCCUAUCAGAGUUGUCUCUCAAGUUCCUUUCACCCUUAAAGGUACGUCUGUUAUUCCUCGGAAACGAGGUCCUUUACAGUGAGACAUAAACCUCCUUUAUUUUACAUCUUUCUUAAGAUUUCCAUUUACGUUGACAUGAAAUUUUAUCAUAAUCUUAACAAAACGUGCUAAUUGGAAAGCUAUUCAUGAACUUGAUACCAUUAUGUUUAAAUUAUCUCUUUUGUUUCGUAGAGUUUUUUAUGGGUAUCUAGAUACUAUUAUGAGACUGUCUUCAUCAUUAAGCUACGAUUUCGAUCGGCCUUCAUAUAUAUAUAUAUACUGCUGAUGUUGGGAAAUUUUUAGCUGCAUAUUUUCUACAUUCUAACCCGUUGUAUAGAUUUUUUCUUUUUUCCUGUAUUCUACCGAGUCAGAUUUUUUUUAAAAUUCAGGAUGUGUUUUGUCUUGGGCUCUUCAUCUUUCCCAGGCCUUCAUUGGGUUAUAAAUUAUUCUAAAUUUUGACAUGUUUUCACGUUGGUGUUCGUGCACAGACAGAGUGGGGAUAGGUUCGUUGUGAGGGUGAGAGUCUCAGGCUCCUCAGCUGCGAGGAUUUUCUUUGAACACCUGAUCGUCAAAUUGCCGAAUCAAGAGGUAACGAACGUCGCACCACAGCUGUUCAUCUGACUUCCUUUCUCUUAAAAGGUUUCUAGUGCUCUCACAUUGUUUUUUCACUGUCUAACCCCCCUCAUUCCCCCCAAAAGCUGAUCUUGGAGGCGAAGGCCACAGCAGUCUGGCUUGGCAAAAAUGGCCACCCAGUUCGGAUUCCUUCGGAGCUGAGAUCCAAAUUGGUGAGGGUCAUAAGGGCUGAUAAAAGCAACUGA